UAGUGGUAUAAUCUAAGCAGUACUUUAUAAAUCAAACAAAGUCAUCUCAGAAAUGGAAGAAAAAAUCAAUACAGAUUCUAAAGAACAUGCUGUUGAAAUUUUACAACAAUUAAAUGAAUAUCGUAAAACUGGACGUCAUUGUGAUUUCAUGAUCAAAGCUGGAUCUGAGGAACUUCCUGUUCAUAAGAAUAUUGUGUCGGCAAGUUCAGAUUAUUUUAAAGCAAUGUUAUCUCAUGAAAAUAUUGAAACAAAAUCUGGUGUCGUUGAAAUAAAGGAAUUUGAUGAAGUUUGUGUUAAAAAAUGUGUUGAUUUCAUUUACACUGGGGAUGCUUAUGUUGCUAAAGAAAAACGUGAAACACUCAUGGGUGUCGCUCACAUGAUGCAGCUGCAAAGACUUUGUGAUAGUAUUGCAAUUUUUCUGGAAGAUGAUCUUGAUCCUAGAUCGUUUUUUCAAACUAAAAAAAUUGCGAAUAGGUACAACUGUAAACAACUUGAGAAAAAAUGCAAUCAAUUUGCAUUGCAACGUUUCAAAGAAAUUGCCCAGUCUGAUGAGUUUAUGGAUCUUGAUGAAAAAUUCAUUUCAUUUCUGAUGGAAUCAAAGGAAACAAAAGCAAAGGAAGAAGUGAAAUGUAAGAUGUUGUUAGCAUGGACCAAACAUGAUAUUGAUGAAAGAAAAGAAUGUUUUCUUAGUUUGGUGAUGAAAUUUCAGUUGACAAAAAUGACUUUGUCAUAUAGAAGAUUUCUUGUUGAAAAUGAACCACUGUUAUUUGAAUCUAUGCAGUCGAUUCGUUCACUGACUUUAUCAAUACUGGACAGCCAUCCUGAGAAUAUCAGUUCAAAAGAUUUCGAUUUAACAGAGAAUGAACAGCUUGUUGUUUUUGAUCAAACUUCUCAAAGAAUGCAUUCACAUGAUGUUGAUGAUAAAACAUGGACACCAAUGCAAACUAUAGAUCAAGCAAUUAUACAGAAUACAUUAUAUUCUGCUGUAGUGAUUGAAUCUUACAUUUAUGUGAUUUGUAGAAAUGGAUCGUUUUAUAGACUUGAAUAUGCUGAAUCAAAUGCAAAGUGGGAACAAAUGACAAAUACAAAUCUUCAGUAUGUAUGUGUAGUUGCACUUGAUGGUUUUGUUUAUGGUAUUGAAUAUGGAAAUCACUCAAACAUUAUGGAAAGAUAUGAUCCAUCAAAUAUUAGAUGGACCAGACUAACAAACAAAUCAUUAAUUCUAGUUCGUGAAUCUUUGGUGGCUGCUGAUGGAAAGGUGUUUUGUAUUGCAGGAUAUUCUAAUCAGCAACAUGGAGCAACAAAACAAGUUGAGAUUUAUGAUCCUGUCACAUCAACUUGGUCAAUGGAUAAUAGAUCAUUGAAUGAAGCAAGAUAUUGUGCUUCUGCAGCUGCUACAGAGGAAGGAAUAUAUGUUAUGGGGGGUUAUAAUGUUAAUGGAACAUCAACUCUCACUACUGUUGAAUUUCGUUCUUCUGUAACUAAAACCUGGAUGAUAUUGAAACCAAUGAAAAAUGCAAGAUAUAACUUCAUAAGUUUUGUGAUUGAUGACAAAAUUUAUGUCAUUGGUGGAAAUGGAAAUCCUGCAAAUAUAGAGGAAUAUGAUACUGAAACAAAAGAAUGGAAAAUCAUUGAAACAAUACAAGGAAAAAAUAUAACUCCACUGGCAACUGUUGCAAUAUCUAUAUAA